AUGGGAACACAGAAACCAGCUCUCCGGGCAUCCUGCGACAAUUGCCACCGCGCAAAGGUAAAAUGCGUCCCUGUCUCAACGGCUGGAUGUCACCGAUGUCUGACACUGAAUGCGAAAUGCAUUCACAGUCCACCUGGUCGGUCUGGGAGGACUCCGUCGGGGAGGAAGAAUAGUGCUUCGUCUGCUUAUCCAGCACUGAAUACCGAGGAGUAUGGCGAUGCUGCACUUUCGUUAGAUGGUGCAGUCGAUUCAACACUGUCAGGAUGGCUGUCGAUGCCUCCUACGCCGUCCUUGGAGGAGUCGGUGUAUACACAGCUACCCAUUGCACCGGAAACACCAUCUUUAUCGACGAUCUUGAUGGACCCUUUCAGCGAGACAGGCAAUACUAGCACCCAUCCAUGCGGCUGCUGCACCUCCAUCCUACGCGCAUUGGAAACCGUACAGCAAACCGAUGUCAACUCUCUCAGUCUCGACGUUGCAUUGGCUCGGAAUAAAGACGCUCUAGUGCAUAUCUGCACGUCUAUCAAAUGCACACUUCCGCACGAUAGCACGACCCGACUGCUCAUCUUGAUCCUCCUCCGCAAGACUCUCCAGCUAUACAAACACCUCUACCAGAACCGGCUGAAAGGACGACCAGCCGUAUCUUCACCGGGUUAUUCCGUGUCAGGAAGCGACUAUGACUACUUUAAUGUCCCUAGCUACACACAGCCAGAGAGUUCUGGCACGGCGCCUCAGAUAGCCCGACUCACACUUGGGACGUACCAACUCGACGAUGCUGAUGAACGGUCAUUAACCAAGCAGAUUCUCCUACUCGAUGUCGUCAAGGUUCCACGGUUACUGGAAAGAUUGGAUCAGAGGGCAUGUGGGCUUGAUGAGGCGGAUGGGUUGGAUUUGUAUAAUAUGAUGCGGAGUUCCCUUAUUGCGGAUUUCCGGGGUGCUAUGGCUGAUCUUCAGAGUUGA